GACCUACAGCACAGCUCACGGCAACUCUGGAUCCUUAACCCACUGAGCGAGGCCAGGGAUCGGACCUGCAUCCUCCUGGAUACUAGUUGGGUUUGUUAACCACUGAGCCAUGACAGGAACUCUGAAGAAAACAUUUCAGAUACAGCCAAUUUUCUUGUUCCUCUGUUCUCUUACCCUCCAGGUAAAUACUGUCCUGAAGUUGGUGUAUGUCAUUGUCAAAUAUGCUCUGUACCUUUAUGACAGAUCAGGUAUUCAUGAGCAGUAUGGGCUGCUGUUUUUAUAUUAGACACAAAUAGUAUCUUCUAUAUAUCCUGUUUUCUUUAAAAAAAAAAAAAAAACCUAUGUUUUUGAUGUUAACUAUGUUGAUAAAGGAGGAGGACCUGAUUUGUUCAUCAUACCUAAUUUGCAGCCUAUAAUGUGAGUGGGUCCCCAUGCCGCUGAGCAACACGGCUGUGAUUAUUUGCAGUCUACUGUUACAUUCUAUGAGGAAGGCAUUCACUGCUGCAGUAAACAUCUGUCCUCUUGCCUGUAGGAAAGUGGGGGUUUGAGGAUGGAUACCUGGACUGGAAUUGCUAUACUGUAUGCCUUUUUCUUUUUUCUGUAUACUUUUCUUUUUGCUGGUCAUUCUCAGAAGCACAGUAUGAUGUGUGCAGUGUUGUGUGACACCUACCGUUGUCUCAUGUGUUUGUUUUCUGGAUCCUGCAGCAGGAUGCGAGCUUAAUAACAUCAGGGACUUUGUCUCUUGUUUAUUUCUUUGCCUGUCAUAUAAAUAUUUGUUAAAUGAAUAGAUAUUGUAUGAUUUUCUCAAAGCUGUGGGGUAGGUAGACCAGAUAAGUAGACUGUAAUGUCUAUUUUCCUAUGCCCAUUGUUCAGAGGAGCAAACUGAAGUGCAGAGACCAGCUGACUUUCUUAGGGUACACAUCGAGUUACAAAUAAAAGGAUUUCUUAUCUCUUGGUUUUGUUCAAGCCUAUUUUAAGGUACAUGUUAGGAUUUACAGUUUUUCUAAACGAUAAGUUCUUGUAAAUCAGAGUCUGACAAAAUUAGCUUUCCAACUUUCAAAUGUUUAUUAAAUAGUAGUGUAUGUGGAGUGCUCUGAAAAUUUAAAAGUCCGAAAAGUCAGGUCAAGAGUGGUCUGAGCUGGGGAGACUCAAGCCUUAUGCCACUUAGUGCUUGGCACGAAGAUGCGGCGGCAUUUAUGUUUGUGGAAUGAAUGAAUGAGCUCUAUCACUCUGGAUGCUUUCACUCCUGCUGUCUCUGUGGGAGACCCGUGGGCAGUAAACAGUUAAGAAGAAAAAGCCAAAGGAGAAGACAUGAAGAAUAGGUGGCCCCUGAAAUCCUGCUUUCCCGGAAGGCAGCGGGCCAUAUGUGAAGAGCUCAGGCUAGGUGAGAAGAUGUUCCGGGGGUAACUUAGUGGAAGCCCCUAUAGAGAAAAUAAGCACCUAAACUUUGGAUCUUGGAACAUAGCUACUCUCCAUAGAGCCCAAUCAAGGAAAAGAUCACAUUAGGACCCUGCUGGUGGUGGAGCGCCUCACAGCUCUUAGCUCCGGUGGUAGAUGGGGAGGAAGGGGGCUUACUGUGGACCAGGCACAGAGCCAAGCACUUUAUGGACACCAUCCCAUGAACCCCCUCCCAACCCCAUGAAGUUGGUGGCAGUAUCCACAUUUUAUAGGUAAGGAGACUGAGACGCCUAGCAAGUUAGUUACUUAGAUACUAAGUUAACAGAACUGGGAAUUUGAACCUAGGUCUACCUUCCUCCACUCCUAGACCAAUUUUCCUUUGGAGCAGAAGGAAAUGAAAGCCCAAUUCACCCAACAUAUGUAGAAAAUUAAGAAAGAAAAGGCUCCUGGAACCAAAUCUGCUUGGGUGGGUUAAGAAUCUGGAGUUGUCACUGCCGUGGCUUGGGUUUGACCCCUAGUCUGGGAACUUCUGCAUGCCGAGAGCAAGGCCAAAAGAAGUACAUCUGCUCAGCUGUCAGGCCUCUCCAUAAGGGAAGCCUGCAGCAGCCCCGGUCAUAUCCAGAGGCUGACUCUCUUGCCCGUGAGUUAGGGUUGAUUGUUUUCAAGAAUUUGAUGUGUUUGUAUUUCAGGGACGGAAUUCAAGCUUCAGCAUUGAGGUAUGCAUCUGAAAAGUGUCGUAGUUCUCACACUCUUCAUGGGAGAAGUGCAGGCCUGGUGCUUGCUUGGAAAAUUAUAGUGUGUUGUCAGAUUUUUUGCUGAUAAACUGAUUUCCUGGAGUGUGAUUGGGUUUCUCUCCCACGCUAACCACCUUGUUGUAUUUCUUGCUGUGGUUUACGAUGGCCAUAAGAUGGUGCUGCAGCUUCACCGUCAGCCUUGGGAAAGACUUAGGGGAGAAAGAAGCCCGCCUGCAGUUGUGAGGCUAAUUGGGGCAUCAGCAGGGUCUCAGAAGCACUGCGCAGGAGCCGAGACUUUAGGGCUUCUUAGUGCCUUCCCUUUGGGGUGGGCAUUUUGCAGGUCUCCAGGGGAGGUGGGUAGGCUUAUGCAGGCUAUUUCUCUCUGUGGUUCAGUCUGGAUCCUUUUGGUAUAGAAUAAAUAGCUUCAACUGACCUUCCACUUCAUUUGGAGCCCUUCAGGCUGUGGUGUUAUCUCACCUGCCAGUCGCCAUACUAAAAAAUGGGAGUGGGCAGAGCCCACUGGCACAGCAGGGUAGUUUUCGAGUCCAAUUUUUUAGAUCUUUAAUUCAGACUUCCUUCCCUCUGCAAUUUGAGUAAAAACCAUCUGGGCCUCAUUUCAGAGACUUCCUAUCUUAUUCCCAAGUGGCAAGAGUUAUUGUUUUGUUUGAGUCCUGGGUCAGUGUGAGUCUAGUUGCCAAUUCAGAACAGUGGGAUUUCUUCCUCUUUCACGUAACUGAGUACAGGCUCCCAUCUCUGCUGCAGUUAGAAGGCAGUGUAAUGAGGGGUUGAAGUUACAAGUUUUAAACAGGAGUUCAUGUUCUGGCUUUGGCACUUACAAGCUGUGUGGCCUUGAGCAAAUGAAUCAACUUUCUGAGACUUCCGUUUAUUUACCUGUAAAGUGUGAAAUAAUAGUUUGACCUCACUUGGUUACUGUCAGAAUUAAAUGAGACAAUUCAUAGCUUAGCACAAGGUAAGGCACAUAACAAAUGCUAAAAAAGUGUUAGCUGUCAGCAGCAGCAAUAAUUACUGUUAAACAUUCAUGUCAACUCUUUCAGCAGAAAUGCUGCUUCUCUGUUGACUUUGGAAAUGGUAUCCUUUUUACUGAGCAUCCAUACACUCAAAACCGUUUUCCAGGUUUCUCCUCCAGCAGAAUUAACAGAAUUCUCUAAAAAGGAGGGAAAUAAAUGCUACAGGAGGCUAGAUCUUUAAAGUUUGUAUUUCUUUUUGUAACUAGAGGAUUAGGCUCUCGUUUCUGCCCUGAAAAAACUGAGGUUGUUACUCCUGCUUGCUAUUUUCUUUUGGACAUCCUGGUGCAGCCGUUGGAAGCUAUUUCCCUUCACAGUCUGGGGGCCAUAACUGUGGCGUCCUCAGCCCUGGUGCUUCUCAGCCCUUCUCUUCCUGAUUGGUACCAGCCGUUGGUUUGCUUUCCCCCUCUUUCUCCUCCUCCUUCUUCACGUUACCUUCUCUCGUGGCCUCUCUUCUUUCCCCUCCCUUUUUCAUUUACUCUUACAUCCCCUCCCUCCCUCCCGCCCUCCCUAAAUCCUUCCCUCCCAUGGUUUCCAGCUCCUUUUUGCUUUCUGUUUGUGUUUCUGAGGGCAGUGCUCCAAUUACCUCAUAUUUGGAGAGAGGAAGCUGUAGCCAAUCCGGUUUCUGUCUGCUUUUAGGUCAAGUGAUUUCUGAACUGCAGUGAGAUGCUUUGAAUUUGUCUUGUUGCAGCUCCCAGCCUGUAAGAUGGCUGUCUGAAUCGGCAGCGGCUGGAAGAGACAGAGAGAGGCGGGGAGGGAGGGAGGAAGAAUUGGAGGGAUCGCCGGCACAGUGCGUGUUUUUAAAUGUGCAUCUAAUCCGAUGAAGCCAAGGUUGGGAUUUCUCUGGGACCCCAGGACUGGCUUAGCUGCGUUUUUUGCCAAGAUUAGGAAGGAAAGCAAUGGGAAAUUCACUGGGCUGCGUUAAAGAGCCGAAAGAUUCAAUAGCUAUUCCUGAGAAGGCUCCCAUAUCUCCUAAGAAAAGGGUUCGGUUCAAAAGGAAGUGGAGGGGGAAGAAAACCCCUACUCCAGAGGCACCUCGUGAGCAAGAACCCUUGCAAGGAACUGGAGCCGUUGAAGAGGCUGAAGCCCUGACGAAGUUAACAGUGAGUCUCCAAAAGGAGGAAGGAGUGGGAGGGGUAGAGCCAGCUCCCCCAGACAUUUUACUGCCCGGGGACUCGGCCCCCAACUCAGGCGUGGGAGAUCAGGGGAUGAUCGUGCAGGUGAAAGAGAGGUUCCAAGAGGAGAUCCAGACCGCUCACCUUUUGUCGGAGAAUGAGUCAUCAGUCGCCGGAGGGGUCUGGGAUUCCCUGGGAGAGGGGAUGAUGGUCAUCGCUCGCCUGCUUGAUAACCCAGCAGAAAAGAACUGUGAGAAGUCAGUGAGCCAACUGGUGGAAUUUCCGAGGACAGCAUCCUGCAGCAGCAGGGCUGUGCUACUGCCUUUGCAAGGAGGGACUGCAGUGGAGAAAGGAGAUACUCAGCUUGGAUUUGGGAGCAGCACUUUCCACAGGACAGACUACUCCACUGAUACAGGAAAUCAAGACCAUCUUUCUGAGUGCUGGAGUGUGGGGGGAGGAACCAAGAGUAUUUUAAGUAGCCCUCAGUCAGGUUCCUGGAUUGCAGAAGGUUCUGUUCCUUCAUCACUGCUGGACCGAUCGAGGGUCCAGAGCCGCACAGAGCCUGCUCGUGUGGGUCAAGUGCCCCGCCAGCUCCCCAGACCGCCUACCUCUCAGAGUGAUUUAUCCAUCAGUGGCAUGACUGUGAACAUCUUGCCUUCUUCCUCCGGCUAUGGCAGCGAUGGGCUGCACUUACGUGGGGUCCAGCCUAAAGAUACAGAGCCUGAAAAGAGCUCCACAUCCUUCUCAGAAGAGGAUGGCACCCUUUCUUUGGAGGCAAGCCUCCCCCUUAUGGGGUCUGGAGGAGGUGGGCAGGCACAUUCAAGGGCUGGUCUAAGAGUGGUUUGCAUUACUGGCCACCAACUUAGGAAAGUGGAACACAGUGAACAGUGAGGAUCUUAGUGCUUCUUCCCAACUUUACUUGGAUGUCAGGUGCUGGGAGUUAGUAGCUGUUGUGCUAGGCAAGCAGAUUCUAUUUCAGGUCUGCCCCUUGAUGCUUGAAACCAUCUUGUGUCCCUGGGGAAUCCCUGACUCCAGGUAACCAUGCCACAUAAUUGCUCGAGCUAUGUGGUUGGGGUUAUCUCUCAAGGUGCAGUGCUAGGUAAUACUUAACUCUUUAGCAGGUCUAUUGAUCAGCUUCCUUGCUAUAAGAAGUGGUGUGGCACCAAGAGGCCCAGCUGAACCUCUGAAAUGGGUGUCAAAGUUGGGGGGGUGGUCGGAGUGUCGAGGGGGUGAGGGGUGAGCCACUGUCUUCAUUGUGAUUGCUCCUCCCCCAGAGGGUGAUGCUCUUACUGGAGCUGAUGUAAUCCCUCUCCCAAGGGAACACUGCUAAUGACAGCACCCAUUCAGCGUUUGUGCAGGUGGAGCAGCUAAGCCUCUUGUGGUUCCUAAUUCCUAAUGAGGAGAGGGGCAUGGAUUCAUCCGGAGAUGAGUCCAGAGCCGGGAGGGGUACAGAAGGGGGGUUAGGGCAGUUUGAAGGUUCAAGGCCAGAAAAAGUUUGUUUUCUGAUUGGAUUUGUUUAUGGCCCUAACAUUCUUUUUUUUGUGAGGUAUUUUCUAUAAGUGGAGGUGGUGGUAGUGAUAGGUGUUGAGUGCUAUGAAUGUUUUUAGGGGUCAGGGAAUGAGUGAGACUUCAGGAGCUCUGGCUACUGAGAGGGGAGGGGACUCAGCAAGACCCUGGGUGGCACAGGUCUGGUCUGGCAUAUACAGGUGUGAUUGUGUAGGUGACUGAGGUUAUAAUUCAUCAGUGACUGCAGAACUUUUGUGGGCACAUCAGUCUCUGCAGCAGAAAUAAAAACUUUAGGUCCCAGAGCAGCAAGAGGUGGAAGACAGAGCAGAGCGUUUUCCUUGCUGGGCUGUGGACAGCUGCCCUGAUGUCUUCGGAGCAGAUGGUAUGGUCCAACUACUGGUGGCUGGCUUAUUGCCAACAAUGAGAAUGGGGAGAGAUGCAUUUUUUUUUUU